ACAAAAGUGGCGCGUUGAACAGAAUAGGGAACACUCGUCUCUGGAAAAUCAAACACCCUGUUUUCUUGUGGAAAACUUCGAAUACAAAACCAAAUUGUUUAAAAAAUAAAUAUUGACAUAACCUCAAUUACACCGUGACGAAUAUCACACACCCCCACGUGACGUCAGGUUGGCAUUACUUAUCGUUUUUUAGUCAUCAGUCCAUCGAGCGUUGCUAUAGUAAUUCGGGUUUAAAAAUAACCUCUUCACUUGAAAAUUUUCUAUAUUUAUGUGACGAUGCACUUCUUUUUCCGAUGAAUUUUAAAAUGAGACACACUUUCGAAAUUAAUCGAAACAAAAUUCCCGAGUUGUAGCUAGCGCUUUGGUCUGUAUGCACCAUACGUCAGCUGUUAUUGUUUACCAACUGAUGAGGUGAUUGCGCAAACCCCCUACCACCAGUUUAUCUCACGCCACUCACUGCGUAACAUCACAAUGGUAUAAAGUAGGAAGUGUAAAUAGUGAAUCAACACUUUAAAUAGUUUUUGGUUAACAGUCAUUUAAAAAUUACUCCAGUGAUCGAUUUUUUCGAAAAAUCGCGUAGUGACAGUUCCGCGAUUGUACCAUGAACUGAGUCUUCGAAGUAUGCAAGGACGAAAUUUGAUUGUUUCUCAAACGAAAUUAAUGAGUCAGUUACGAAGUUAUUUAUCCAAGCUUGUAACGGAUAAGACUGUCGACAAUGCCUUCAACCAGGAAGUUGCACAGUUUUUACAAAAGUUCCAACCAACCAUCAACAGUAUUAGUUUUUGGAGAUAUUUUGACUCCCAGUCGGAGACAGCCCUCAAGAAAAUCGACCCAUCGGAGAAGGCAGAAGUGAUCCCCGUGAAAGACAGUCCAAAGGAGCUUAAAAAAAUCGUACCGAAAUGGAAAGAAACAAGUGUCAUAGUGAGUAAGGAAAGUGUGGCUGCACAAACUCACCAUAUCUUAACACUUAUAACAACCGCGACCACAAACCAGUCAAUACUGAAGAGAGUAGAAGACUUAAACACCCAAUUAAACAAGCAUGCCGAUGCCAAACAUAUCGCAGAAAAAGCAAACGCUGUGAGACUGCUUUUAAGGCUACGACAAAAAACCACAAGCCACGAAAUCCAUAGUGCCACGAACGAAGCGCUGUCUUUGUUGGGGUACGCCAGUCCCGUCAAAGGAAGAGGAAUCAGGGUCCUAUCCAUCGACGGCGGCGGUGUUCGUGGAAUUCUCGUCAUCGAAAUGUUAAAAAAAUUGGAAGAACUAACCGGUAAGCGCAUUCAAGAGAUGUUUGACUUGAUUUGUGGCGUCAGCACGGGGGCUAUCAUCGCAAGUUUAGUAGGAGUGAAGCAACACACCCUGGACGAAAUCUCCGAGAUUUAUAAAAACCUCAGUAUUCAAAUUUUCACGCAGUCUGCUUUGAAAGGUACAAGCAGCUUAGUCUGGAGUCACUCUUAUUACGACACAGCUCUGUGGGAGAAGCUCCUUCAAGAAAAAAUCGGCGACCAGACACUAAUAAGCACGUCACGGAGCCUAGAUUGCCCCAAACUUUGCAUUCUUUCGGCAGUGAUAAAUCAGUCAUCACUAUCAGCCUACGUUUUUCGGAACUACACCCUAUCGUGUCAGGUUCAUUCAAAAUACGACGGCAACCACAAACACAUGAUUUGGGAAGCCGUUCGGGCGUCGGCGGCAGCCCCCACGUACUUCGAGGAGUUCAAACUAGGCAACAAGCUGCACCAGGACGGGGGGAUUUUAUUUAAUAACCCCACGGCUGUGGCUAUUCACGAAGCGCGCCUACUCUGGCCUGAGACCCCCAUUCAGUGCGUUCUUUCGUUUGGGACCGGGCGCACCAUUCCUCUACCCGUCGACCCGAAAAAUCUAAACUCCGUGAGUGCGUCAUCCUGGAAGAGCAAAUUUUACGCGGUUAUUGAAAGCGCGACGGAUACUGAAGGGGUUCACACCAUGUUGUCUGAUUUGCUUCCUGACAAAAUUUAUUACAGGUUCAAUCCGUAUCUAACCGAAAUGCUAGAUAUCGCGGAGAUUGAUUCCAAAAAAUUGGAGCAGUUGAGGAGAGACGCAGUCAUGUAUUUGAGGAGGAAUGAGGACAAGUUUCAGGAGGCUGCGCGGAUUUUGAAUCACGAGAAGACGGCGAGUCAGAAGGUGGUUGAUUGGUUGGGGUUGCAGAAGGAGAUUCUGGGAUUAAAAAUGAUAAGAUAAGGGUGGGCUUGUAUUAUUGUAUGUAACAAAAUUAGAAUAUAAGUUGCUGCGGUAGUGGCGUGUUACCCGAGUUUUUGUUAUUGUUUUUAUUAUUGCCGUGAAGAUGUUCUAGGUAGAUGUACCUAAGGUUUUGUUUAUAGAUAAGUUUUAAAAACCUACAAAAAAUGUGAUGCAAAGAAUGUGAUAUUUGACUUAAGUAGAAAAAAGUAUUUACUGUGUUGUAAUGACGAUAUGCAAAUAAAUAUUUUAGUUUUGAUUAAAUUUUUUUUAUUUGUACUGAUGGGUUUGGGGUAACUUGAAAAACUAGAAAUUAAAAAUAGAAGUGUCUAGAUAAAUUAAUUGUUGGUGCCAGUAAUUUAAAUGAAAAAUUCCGCUUUCAGUCUACAUUGAGCUGAGGCCUAGGCUACGAAAAUUAUUGUUGCUAUCUUGUUUACUGCAUAAAAUAUCUGGAGGUGUGUCCCACACACGUGCCGCUGUACCUCUAUUUUUAUAAAAUGUUGACACUGACACGUGUGUUUACAAAGGAUUCAAGGAUCAAGUGUCUACGUUUUAUUAUUGUUUUUUCUUAAAGCUCCAGAAAUAAUCUAAGAGAUUUGCAAGGCCAUUGUAAAACGAAUAAUGUUUAUCUGAACCGUAAAAAGCAACGACAGUUGUUAUUUAUAGCCUGCAGUUCCGGCAAUUAUUUUUUGUUUCAAUUCCAAGAAUAUAAUAUAGUCAGUAUUAAGUAACUAGCUAUCAAUGAUGUUGCCAGUUUGUUAACACCCCGAAUUUUAGAAAUAAGUGGACAUAAAUUCUGCAUAAUUUCUCCGGCACCGACUAGUGUUAAAAAUCAUUGUUUAUUUAUUAAUUGCGCAAUUGUACAUCCUUGUGGCUUUAUCAAUCCGUGACUUCAUUGCGUAGUUUAAUAUCCAGACUCAUUCUGCUCUAGAGGAUCUCAGCUGAUGAACUUGGACACGUUUCCAUUGAAGAGGAUCCACUAGAUAUUGAAAAUGUUUGCCUUCCAAGACCCCACAUUAAGUGUUAAUAUACAAGAAUUGAAAGUAAUUUUAGACAGAAAUGUGCAGGAGCACCAAUCAAUUUAAGUCAAAUGGACUGUAUAGUGUAUAGUUUCUUAAAUAAAUGUAUUUUAUUAUUUCA